GAAAAAAAAACUGAAAUCGCUGGUUUAUUUGUGAGCCGAUGGAUCAGGACGCUGAUCGCGUGAAGGGUCCAUGGGGACCGGAGGAGGACGAGGCAUUGCGAAGGCUGGUUCAGCGCUACGGUCCGAGGAACUGGUCGUCGAUAUCGUGUUCGAUCCCCGGUCGAUCAGGGAAAUCGUGCAGGCUGCGGUGGUGCAACCAGCUGUCACCGGAAGUCGAGCACCGUUCGUUCACGGCGGAGGAAGACGAGAUCAUCGUCAUAGCGCACGCCAAGUUCGGCAACAAGUGGGCCACUAUCGCAAGGAUGCUCAACGGACGUACGGACAACGCGGUGAAGAACCACUGGAACUCGAGCUUGAAACGGAGACGGCCGGCCGAAGACGGAGAUUCGGCUCAGAAAUCGGAGAUACGGCAGGGUAAAUGUCCGAGAUCCGUUAGUGUUAACAGUAACCCGUCGAGUCCUUCGGUUUCCGACGUCAGCGAUUUGGCAUUGAGCGGCGCCGACUCGAAUCAUCAUCAGCAACACGCUCAUGUUGUUUCGACUGCGCUCACACUCGGACGUUCUUGGAACGACGAGUUGGUUGAGUCGAACAACGGUAACUCGCGUACGGAUAAAGAGCUGGGCUUACUAGCCGAAAACCGUCACGAUAGCGGUACAACAACGGCGGCGUUUGGACCUGUAUUAGUGGCCGUAAUGCAGCAGAUGAUUAGGAAAGAAGUGAGAAAUUGCAUGGCAGAGUUUGGGUUCCGGAGUGAAUGCUUGGAUCAAAGGAAACAUUAACUUGAUUUUCCCAGAAAUCUGAGAAAGAAAACGCCAGUAAAAAAUCGAAUCCCUUCGAUUUCUUUUUUCUACACAAACCACACAAUAAUUUUGGAGGAUGUACCGAAGAUAAACGGAAUCAAACAACAACUACAAAAAAAAAAAGAAAAGAAAAUUUUGAUCGAUUUUG